UCCCCAGCCCAUCGGUCGCCGUUGCCUGAGUCGCACUUGGGCGGCCGCUCCGUCUCCCGCCCUGCGGUCGCCGCCGCAAGAUCUUGGACGGCCCCAAGAUCUUCAACGGCGCAGCCGCCCCGCGCCGCCCGGCGGCCCUCUAUCUCCGUCGCAGGAUCUUCUGACGGCGCCCGAGAUCGGUUCCUCCGCGCGUCGUGAUCCCUCGCAUAGGAUAUCGGCAUGGCUGGUGAAGGCAUCUCGAUAGAUGAAUUUAUGGAGUACGACUCAAUGGUCAGGCAGACAUUUAAAAGUGAGAACGAAGCGUACAAGUUCUACUUAGCGUAUGCGGAGAGCAAAGGGUUUGGUGUUAGAAAGGGCGAUCUAAAAUAUAAGGGAAACAAGGAAAAUGCAUACCGGAGGACGUUUGUGUGCUGCAAACAAGGAUAUCGUGACGUAAAGCACUUUGAUGAAACCGACAAGAAAAGGACACCAAGGGCACUCUCUCGGUGUGGUUGUCCUGCUCUUUUGCAGGUUGAGCUUCAAGCAAGCACUGGGUUGUGGUUUGUAAAGAAUUUUGUUGACCAACAUAGCCAUCCAUUCAUAAAUCCUGAGUUGUCACCUUUCCUGUGGUCUCAUCGUGGCCUGAACGACCCACAGAAGGCGGAUGUCAUUGAGUACUCGGUUGGUGGACUUCGCACACAUCAGAUAAUGGAUGUGAUGGAGAAGCAGGCUGGUGGUUUCGGCAAGGCUGGAUUUAUAUCUCGCGAUCUGUAUAACCAUGUCGCAUUGGAGAAGAAGAAAAAGAUAGAAGGUAGCGAUGCUCAGUUUAUGCUGAACUACAUGACAGCACAACAGAUGAAAGACCCAGAUUUUUUUUACAGAUACACCACAGACAUUGAUGGGCAUCUGCAGAACAUAUUCUGGGCAGACGCCCAAUCUCGCUUGGACUAUGUUGCAUUUGGUGGUGUGGUGGUGUUUGACAGCACAUACCGGUCAAACAAAUAUAGGUUGCCAUUUGUUCCAUUUGUGGGGCUGAACCAUCACCGUAGCACAGUCGUGUUUGGGGUUGGUCUUGUAUCCGGCGAAUGGGCUGACUCAUAUGAGUGGCUGCUUCAGGUUUUUUUGGAGGCAAUGCACCAGAAGCAUCCCAUUUCAACGAUCACAGACGGCGACGCUUCAAUGGCCAAAGCCAUAUCAUCAGUCUGGCCUAGCACAUAUCACCGUCUGUGCAGCUGGCAUAUCGAGCAGAAUAUGGUGCUUCACCUCCGAAAGGAAAAGCUUAAGGAAUUUAGGAAAUUUAUUUACUAUGCCAUGGAUGUUCAUGAGUUUGAGAGACGCUAGUUGGCUUAUAAGAAGAGAUUUAGAAUCACAAGGAAAAAGAAAGAUGCAUGGAUUCAUAGGAUGUACGAGCUGAGAGAGAAGUGGUCUGUAGCAUAUAACAAGGAAAGGUAUUUCCUAGGGAUGUUGAGCAAUCAGAGGAGUGAGUCUCUAAACUCGAGGCUUCAUGUACACCUGAAUAGGAGAAUGAAACUCAUUGAUCUCGUGCAACACGUUGAACACUGUGUGUCAGUUUUGCGUCGGAAUGAAGCAGCAUUGGACGCUGUAGCUUCGCACACAAUCCCCUUCACUAGAUUGACUGCCGACCCACUUGAGAUAAGUGUGUCAUCUAUUUAUACCCCUGUUAUGUUCAGUAAGGUAAAGGCUGAGAUUGUCAACUUAUCAAGAUGGAAUGUUCUUGAGGUGGAAGAGGACACUGGUUUGGUUAGCUAUGGAGUUGCUCGCAAAGAGUCGGUGCACGUUAGGUUCCAUGUCAUAUGUAUUUUUGAUGGAUCUAAGAUGGAGAGUGCAUAUUGUGGAUGUAGGAAGAUGGAAAGCAAGGAUUUUCCAUGUGCUCAUAUAUUUUGCGUUCUGAAGUACAAUGGGAUAUGCACCAUCCCCGCAUGUUGUGUGAAGGCUAGAUGGACAAUGCAAGCCAAGCCUGCUUUUGGUUCUGUGAGGAGUGCCAAUACACAUAUAUGGUCAGAACAGAUGGAUAAGUACCAUGAACUGCGCAAUAUGGCUAGUGAGGCUUUAUUCACGGCCUCAGCUAGCGAAAUGCAGUCAGAAAAGGUGAUGGAGUACCUGAGGAGCAUAUUGGACGAGGGCAACAGAAAUGAUGUGAAUACUGGCACACCAUCAUUUGUUCCUAUGCCGGCGUAUUUUUCUGGGGCGCGGCAAUGGUUUACAAAUCAAGUUCAAGACCCUAAACCAAUAAUAAAUCCCAAAGGCAGACCAGCCAAAGAAUCGAAUAAGAGGUUGAAGCCAUUCCUGGAGAAUUUGAAAGCAAAAAAGAAAACAUUGAAGUAAGUGUUUGGUCAUUGUGAUGUGUACUGCAUAUGUUCAUUUCUUGGUUGCAGCCUGUCAAUAUGGUUUACUUUUUG